AUAGGGGAAAGGAAAUUAAAUGUGAAGAAAUUCAUUAGCCUGCAAAUUUUUUGGAUGAGAGACUAUGGCUACUGCUCCAUCCAUAUCUCUCUCCUUCCUAGUAAUUAACCCAAAAUCACCUCUUUUUACCCACAAAAAUCCAUCAAUUUCACAAUUUUCUUCCCUUAAAAAGUCUCACCCUCACAUAAUUCACAGCCCACAUCUACCAACUUCAUCAAAAAUCAUCCGAAAUCAGAGAAUUUCUGCUCUUCCAGAGAAUUUUUUGGUGUCCGAAGUGAAUCUUGAUGAAACUACUGAUCAAAUUGUUUCAUCCACCAAUGACAAUGGAGUGUCUACCAUCAUACAAACGCUAUUGUUCAUUGCUUUCGUUGGUUUAUCUGUUUUAACCAUAGGGGUAAUCUACAUUGCCGUUACGGAUUUCUUGCAGAAAAGAGACAAGGAGAAAUUUGAAAAAGAAGAAGCGGCUAAGAAAAAGAAGAGUGGUCGUAAGGGGAAAAUUGUUGCAAGGGCUAGAGGCGGACCUAGAGGGUUCGGACAAAAGGUUGAGGAAGCUGACGACGAUGAUUAGGGAUGGCAAUUUUUCUAUUUCUUGGAUGAGUAGUUUUUCUUUGUUGGCAUGUAAUUUGUAUCAUUUUUCACUCAUUUACAUUUUACACUACUUAGUAA